AUGGAAGAUCCAUGGGGCUCACCGUGGGCAACUCCCGAUACCGAAUUGAACAGCCAAUACGCACCGGCCGAGGCAAAUCCUGAGCCACCACCACCCGCGUUCUUCACGACAACACCGAACAACCUAACUUUACCAUCCAGCCAGUCCGCCUGGCUGGAAGACGACUCCUAUGGCGAUUGGGCCACCCCUGAAUCUGCGCAGCCUGCAUCAGCACCCUGGGGAACAUUGGCUCUAGGCGACGCGACCCUUAGCGACGCAGGCCAGUUGACACCUAAAUACGAGGCGAAGCGAAAACAGAGUAUACCCAGGUGGCCUAGUAGUCGGUCCACAUCACCAGGACAGCGGAGUAGAGCCUUGUCUAAGAAGCUAUCCUCCGAUCAUCUGACCCACGAUCCAUGGUCCUCCGAGUAUUCAUCAAACGACAUACGCCAUGAGGUUGCCGGACCACUCACUGAAAUCCAACGCCUCCCAGCACUACCGACAGGCCUUGAGCUGAGUCCACACGAGACUCCACCGCACGUUUCGGAGGUUUCGACUACAAUACAAUCGCCUCGUCCGGCUAUUGCUAUUUCCAUACGCCAUGAUUCUUCCUCGGGAGACCACACCGAUGAUCGUCCUACAUCACAAUACUCACACGUUGCACACGUCGAGCUAGCUGGUUCGGCCACGGCAUCAACAUCCGAUGGCGACGGACCUCACGACUCGACACGCGAGGACUCUCCCAUCACUCCCGUCGAAGAAGACGAGCCAGGUGUCACUGGUGAGCGUGGAGCCUCUAAGGUGCACCAACUGGUGGAGAUGUACGACGGUAUCGCAAGGAAGAGCAGCAUCCUUCCUGAGCUGGUACCUCCACCAAAGCGAAGCACAAGUCAAUCGCCGAUAGCCAUUGAGCUCUCGCAAUCAGCUGACGAAAAUGCCGCCGACCUCGAAAGCCGCGAAGGAGCUGUUGGCGAAGGGCAUUCCACGUCAUCUUUACCGAAUCGAAUCGAUGCAAGGACUGCCACUGGACAGGAUCAAACCAUAUUAAACUGCGACUGUAUUGAAGCUCAUGUUAUGCCAAACGAACUCCAGGUGGAUAACCAAGUACCCAAAAAUCACGCGGACGAUCCCAUACACGGAAACGACCAUUCGGAAAUUCUUUCGACCAAAGUUGCAGACUAUGAACCCUUCGAGAUCGACCUCGAGCAGGUUGAAUCACUAUUUGCAUUCUCUGCAAGCAACGUAACAGGCACGGAUGUUGAAGUACCUGAUCAAGUCAUUGUUGACAGCUUUGAGAGCGUCUCUGAACGGAGAAUGUGGUAUCGUCUCUCGCGUUACGAGUCACUCAGAAGAUAUGAUACAGGAAAUGAUGACAACUACGCUCGUAUCACGUGGGUCUCAUCGACCGUACGGUCGGAUGUCUUGAAGACGGUCCGCCGAUGGAUGGAGGAAGACUCGAUAGGUCAAAGGCCUUUUCGAACGGGCGUGGCGAAAGGCAUAGGUGGUCAUGGCUUUGGAUGGGACAAGGCCGGUACACAGGUUGAUCUCGAGAACUUCUUCAGCCGAAGGCAUCUCAAGAACAAUGACAUCCUGGCCACCGCUCAACGCUCAUCCAUGAUUGGAGAGUCACCUGGUCCAGCCAUUCCUGUUAACGAGUCACGACCUGUGAGUCUGCCACCGCCGGCUGUCAGUUCGAACAUCUGGCAUGAUCAGGCUGUCCUUGGCUGGACCACUGGCCGCGAUGAGUUGCAAGAUGGCACACGCGAAAUCCCACCGAUGAAUCGUGCAUCUUCAGAUGACCGUGGUUUCAGAGACCACGAGUCUUCUCCUAAUCAGAAGUCGAGCGAGCGUAAAGCAUCGCCUGUUCCGGAGGGCCUCACCCUACGAACGAACCUACCUCUGGCAGAUACCCAGGAAGACGAGGACGACGAGUGGGGUGAGAUGGUGACAUCACCAGUCGGCAACUGCCCCAAAGUUGCUGGCUCGGAGAUACAUGCUCAGGCUGCACCAGUCUCAAAGCUAGACGACUGGGGCUUUGACAAAUGGGUGGACAACGAAGCAACGAAUGCCCAAGCAGUUACCCCCCAGACACCCAUUCUGCCAACAAUGAUGCAGCAGACCCCUCGCACAGUCGAAGAAGUUCAAGCUCCUGGAUCUUCAUCAAAGAGCGAAGACCUCAGCAACGAGCUGAAUAUUGAGCAGUUCGUCCGAAAUUUGCCAGAUUUGUCUUACAUGUUACGAUAA